AGAAUCAAACCCACUACUUGAUUAAAACGCUUAGUGGAAGAACCCUGAACAUAAAUUGGAAAAGUAACAUACAUGCAGUGAAGUGAACUGAUUUGUUUGAAAGUUUAAAAGUUUUAUAAUCAAAAUUUUUCAAUUAUUCCAUACAACCCUUGAUCUCUUGGAUGUUGAUUUAUUUUUAUCAUUUGUCUUGAAGUAUUUGAUUCACGAUGUUCGAGAGCAGAUUAAACCCAUAUGCCACUUCUUUCAUACCAAAUCGAAAAACGGAAGUCAUAAGAGAAAUGGCUGCAAAGUCUAUUACAGAACUAUGGGAGAAAAAGAAAGCAAAUGGUGAAACAACAGUAACAAAUGAAGAAUUGGCGAAACUCGUGGGACAUUUUAUUUCCAUAGGCUUCAAAGAACUGGCUCAUUCUGACAAAGUAAAAAUCCAGAUUUACAUUAACAAGAAACUCACAAAGGUCCCUUCUGUAAGACCGAUAUCAGAUCUUUGCAAGAUUAGAUCAAAGCUUAGCAUGAAACGCACGAAACCUGAAUCUUUUGAAACACCUAACCUACCAUUUUUGUUGGUUGCUUUUUGGGGUUUGUAUAGACAUGAGCAAGCGCAACGACCGCUAUUAUCUCUAACAAAUCGUCCUGAUGCCUUGAAAGAUAAAGUAUGGUCAGUAGAUGCAUCGGAUUACAAGUUGUGGAAUCAAUCUUGCGUUUCAAAAGUAUGCAAAUGCCCGCCUAUAUUUGGAUAUUCAAUCCCAUCAGACUUCUUUGGUGUGUCUUUCUACAAGUAUUCGUGCUCAGAAAAAGAGAUACAUCUUAAUCACUAUCCUGAAAGUACUAACGGCAAUGAGUUCCUUUUGACCAAUAAUUGGCAUCAUGGAUUUGUGGAUGAACAGCCGUUUGAAGAUAUAAUAGUGGAUACAAGUAACGUAGCUGAUGUAGAUACUCUUACAAACCAAUUUGAAACUAUUGUAUCGGGAAUUUGCAGCAUACUCAUAAAGUGUGAAGAAGAUACGGAUAGUGGAAUCGAGGACCAGGAAGUGGAUGAAGUUGAUUUUUACAAUUCAUUUUGGGAUGAUAGCCCUUCAAAAGUCUCGCAUGUUCCAUUCUCUCAACAGAACAGGGAAACUUUGUUUGAUGACGAUGACCACCCCCUUUUGGUAGUCACAGAAAUGAGCCAGGAACAAGACGUGUCUUCUGAAGUUAAAGAAAUGAUUCGGAAGAGCUUAACUCCUACGACAGACAAAUUCAUAACCCCUUUCGUUGUGGAUGAAGAGAAAGAGGUCUGUGACCCUCCUUGCAGUAUAUGGUGCGAUUCAGUAAAGAAAGGAAAUGGCGUUGAAGAUUCAGUAAAAAUACCUUCCGACUUAUCAGAAAAUCCGAGAUUUAAAGAUUUGGUUGAUUUGGUUUCCUCAGAACAGCUGUAUUCAAAAAAGAAAACAGAGCCGAUAAACAUGAUGUUGAAGUCUGCUCCAAAAUUCUGUGGUAAUAAAAUGGGUGAUUGGGAUCCCUAUUACUAUAAAACAAAUGUUGACAUUGGAGUAACUGCUUAUGCUUCGAACUUGAUCACAUCAAAAGAAAAGUUCACUUUUCUUCAAAAGGACGCCGUAAAUUCCAAGUCAUAUUAUGGAAGCGGAUCUUGGGAUGAUUCAGACAGUGGAUUUGUAUCCCGAUCGUCUUCGGAAGAUGAUAUAUUUGACGAGAUCUGUGAAAAGGACUCGAUGUGGAAAUUUGUGAAUAGCGAAGAUAGUCUUUGGCAGCCUUUACCAGAAUGUGUAGAAACAAAUACUAAAAUUCCUCUUCCUCAUAAACGAGUUCAUGACUUCAGAUGUAAACGAUCUGUUAGUUGAAAUGUUUUUGAAGAGAAACUGCAAUUACUAUACGAGACAAACUUUACAUUAAGUUAUCAAUCUUUCAAUUUGAACAAUUUGUCUUGGUUGCCAUGAUGGCACAGAAGUGUUCUUACAAAGACUGUCUUAAAAUAGAUACAUCAAGACAAAAGCAGAAACUGAUCUUGGGUUGUUGGAAGCAGCAUUUCUUAAGCACUAAUAAAGGACAUCACAAGGACUGAAAAGACAAGCCCUUGUCAGGGCGAUAGUUUUAUAUGCGUAUUGGUUUUAUAAGAUUUUUAAAACAGCAUGUUUAUUGUACUUUUAACUAGUGAAAUUGUAUACCUCUGUACCCAAAUUUCUUGAGCAAAAUAAAUUUUAUAUUUUGCUAUUU